UUCCUCCCUGUCCCCGCCGUCUUCGUUGCCAGUUCGUUCGUCUGUCCGCUCGAUCCGUCGUACUGCGCUCCGUCGCCAAGCCGUCGCAUUCCUUAUUCUGGAAUUCGAGGGCGCGGCGGCCACUAAUUGCGGAGACAGCUGGCCCAUUUGAAAAGAACUGACGGACGAAAUGGCGGCGAUUCAGCAGCUGCUGUCAGGCGCCUUGGGAGCUCCGUGCUCGUUACAGUCACAGCUGGCAGGUGAUGCCGUGCCUCUCCGCUCCCACGCGAAGCCUUCGAGAGCAGCGUUGACGCGCUCCGUCUCCUCCCAGCAACAAGGUUCCGCGUCCGCGUCCGCGUCAGCAUCUCUGUCGGCUGCCGCACCGGCUGCAUCAUCGCAUGCGGGCCGCCGUGGGAAGUCGCUUCGUUGCAGAGCGCAGGCAGCGGGCGGAGAGGCAG